AUGCAGCAGCACAACGACACCGUCAUUUCGCCCGCUCCUCAGGUCUCGCUCAAGUCGCCUUUACCGGAAGUGAAUCAAACAAUCUCGACCUCGACUAAGGUCACCUCCGCCGUACAUCAUGAGCGAAUCCCUUCGGUCGUCAGGAUCGCCCCAAAGAAGGAGGUGGACGAGGAUGAGGAAGACAAGGUCGACAUCAAGCCUGUCAUGACCGAGAAGACUGCAGUUUAUGAGGAUGAAAAAUCAUACAUGACUAAAGAUGACCGAUUAUCUCUAGCAGAUAGCAAACACGUCUCAUAUACAGCGGACGAACCUCUUCGAGACGAUUCAGAGCUGGAGGAAGAAGACGACGACGACGAAGAGGAAUUGGAAGAGGAGGAGGAGGACGGAGAAGAAGAGAGUGAAGAGGACGAAGAGGAGGAGACAACAAAGAAGACCAAUGACGAGAUUAACGAAAAGGUCGAGGCCCCGAGGAUCGAGAAGCACAGCGAGGUUGAAUCCGACAAUGAAAUUGACGCGGAGCCAGAAGCUAGCGAGAUCAAAACCGAAGGCGGUGCAGAGGAAGCGUUGUCAGAACUCGAUGAAGAGGAAGUAAGAGCCGUUACAGCAGUGGCAUCAUCGCAGAUGUCAGAUCACACGUCUCUGCACGAGUUGCCUGCUGUCCACAACGAUGUCGCGUACGGGAUUGCCACAUCGCCUCGCUCAUCGAUCGCCAGUGACAGGAGAUCAAUCGUCUCCGAAUUGACAGAGUCCGAACUCGGCGAUUCCGCCGAUGAAGAUGAUACUGCCUUCACCUCAAGGGAAAUAUCCAUCCGGUCAUGUACACCGAAUUCGGACAAUCUGGCUACUCCCACACCUACAUCCGAAGCACCAUCUCUCUACAUCCAAGCUCAUCGUGGACACGACGAUCGAUAUCUCUCUGACAGGAUAACAGACGACGAUCCCUGCGCGAGACCUGUGUCUCCUCUAAAUGCCGAGGAGCUUCACCACCUAUCACUGGAUAGUAUGACAUCCAUCACGCUGUCCGAUUCCAGCUUUGAUGACGAUCAUCGUCUUGCCGCUCAACCAAACGAAGAUGUGCUGGCCACUCCUCGUGUUCAAGGCAUUGGUCAUCGCCGCAAGCCGAGCAGCCUGGAUAUUCUCCAAAAUACCUGGUCCCAACCUCGUCGGCAAAGCACCUUUUUCGACAAUGAUAAAGACGUGGCCCUGAACGGGUCCAUGUCGGCUGUUGACGCCGAACGCGGCGCUUGGCUCAGAAACAGCGUGGAUGGCCGCUCUUCGCCGCUUCUUGUGAAUGUUGAUACAAUGAGCAAUGCUCACCACCAGCCACCACAGGAAGUUAUCGAUGACAUUGCAGAAUUUGGCGAGCUCGUCUCUGCCCGACCUGGAUCUACUAUCAGCCCAUCCUCUUCCGUUUCUUCAGGUGGUGGCCCCUCUGGUGGUGUCAACUGGCUAGCCCUGGACGCCUCAGAAUCGCAAGAGAAGACCGACCGCGACCUCCCGGACGGAGCAGAGGACGACGCUGCAGCUUUUCUCCUUGCCCGCCUCGAACAGGAAAAUGCCAAAUUCACGGCUGAUCCUAAGUCUGCUGUCCACCAGGCUGUUGCUCGGGCUCGUGCUAACAGCAUGCGCCCCAGUGUCAGCCAACUCAAACGCCUCGUCUCUCAGCAAACGGGAACAACUCCAUCAAUCCGGUAUAGCCAUGCUAGCACGGCCGACGCCCGCUCCAUACUCGAAGGCUCGGUCGCGGGAGAGCACCAGAUAACGCAGCCUCCGGCCAUGACUGAGCUCGAGUUCUGGGCUGCGCUCGUACAGGAUUAUCCAUCCACUGCGGUGCGCCUGCCUACCUUGACCACGACGAAAAUCCGAAGCGGUGUCCCUCCCCCUUUGCGUGGUGUGGUCUGGACUUCCAUCUCUGGAGCACGAGACACCCACCUCGAGGCUGCCUAUGAGAAACUCUUGGGUGAGCGAAGUCCUUAUGAAGGCAUCAUUAACAAAGAUGUCGGUCGUAGCUUCCCAGGUGUUGAGUUGUUCCGUGAUGCCGAGGGCGAAGGGCAAAAGAUGCUGGGUCGCGUGUUGAAAUGCUUCUCUCUCCAGGACGAAGAGAUUGGGUACUGUCAAGGACUGGGUUUCCUGGUGGGACCGCUCUUGAUGAAUAUGGGGGAGAGGGAGGCAUUUUGUGUUCUGGUCCGAUUGAUGGAUCACUACUCACUGCGCCCUUCAUUUCUUCCAUCACUUGCAGGACUGCACAUGCGCAUCUUCCAGUUCUCGUCUCUCCUCAAACAACACAACUUCCAGCUGUUCCAACAUCUGACCGAACUCGGUGUCGAGCCCGCAUAUCUUUCUCAAUGGUUCCUGUCCUGCUUUGCAGUCACUUGUCCACUACCCAUGCUCUUCCGCAUUUACGACGUCAUUUUCGCCGAAGGCGCUAACGAAACGGUCAUGCGUGUCGCCCUCGCACUCAUGCGACGUCAUGAAGAGCGCAUGCUCGCUUGCCACGAAUUUGAAGAGAUUAUGCAGCUUCUCCUCGGCCGCGAGAUUUGGGACUGCUAUGGUGGCGACGCGGAUGUGCUGGUGGACGACUUUACAUCGCUCGGCGAAAUUGUUACCUUUGCUCGCCUUGCAGAGCUGGAGCGUGAUUUCGAGACAAAGUCUCCAGGAGCAGUAGGGACUAGUGCAGGUUUCUUGCCAGAUGUUCAAGCAGCAGCCUCGCGUUUCCUCGGACGCCUGUGGGCCCCUGGUGCUCCAUCUACGGCAAGCAAGACGAAUGCCACUUCGAUCAAAUCUGCUAAUAAUCCUCUCUCGCCACAGUCGGCGGAGAAGGAGUCCAGGCCUACCGGUCUGUUCGGCCGACAAAGCAGCUUCCUACGCCGGACGCCUAGCAAGCAAAGUAUGAGCGCUGGAACGGAAGUCAGCCCUAGUGAUGACAGCGCCUCUUCGAGUGGUGGUCGUUCUAUGUCGACAGCCCCUACGGAAGCAGACGGCUCGUACAUCGAUGCCAAUGGUAUCCUUCGCGAAAGCAGCAUGGCGGACAAUAUGAGUCUCAAAUCGAAACCCGAGUCUGUAAUGCCCAGCACACCAGGUCAUCACACCCGGGAGGAGCAGGAGCUACACGGUCAGAUCGAGGACCUCUUGACCGCUCUUAGUGAGAUGCAACGGGAGCAUGCCCAACUCGCGGCCAUGCUCCAGCGUGAGCGUGAGGACCGCAAUGAGGAUCACACAAUUAUGCGUCAGGUUGUGACAAAGCUACGCAAGGACAGCUUUGGAGGCAAUGGUCGCGACGCUUCCCAAGAUGAUCGUCGACGCACCUUGCCGCCCCCAGCGCGUGGUAUGCAUCUUCAAAUUGACACACAACAGCACCAGCAAGCUAAAAUGCGUCCGCUGAGCGUGGGUGGCCAGCCUGCAUCUGACUCCGCUAUCAAACUUGUUGACCGUGGAUUGACUCCGCCAGAGGAAGAGCCCAAUGCCCAAGACGAAGAUGAAACGGCGACUCUUGUAGAAGCCCUUUCCACACGCUUGACCACUCGUCUGCGCUUUUCAACCAACCUGGAGACCAAGGCGCAGCUCCGAAGCACCCUCGCAAGGACCCGUGAGCAACUCGCGUCAGCUGAAAUGCAAUCACGCGAUCUCGCUGCGCGUUUGCAAUCUACCGAGGCUGCACUCGAUGCCUUUCACGCUGACUCCGAAGACCUUCGCUCUGAAGUAAAGGAGUUGCGAACCCGCGUCAACGAUGACUUCCGUGCUCGCCAGCGUCUGGAACAUCAACUCGGCGAGGCCAAAGCAUUGGCCCGCCGAAGAGAAAGACGCGGGGUUGCUGGAGAGAGCCUUCUGUUGUCAUCAUCCGCUGGCAGUGCCGAUCCAUCAUGCUUUUCGCCUCCGCGACUGCGCAGAAUGGAGACGAGCCCUGAUGGCAACUGGUCGUCGGCCCGCAACGGCAGUGUCGCGAGCUUACCUGCGGUAUCGAUCGUGUCUCCCACAGGAGCAACGAGCAACCACGGAGGCCUUCGAGAGCUGAAACUCGUCCGCCGAGGAUCUGCUUCAAUGAUCCCUGCCGCGAAACCGCCUUCGCGCAGCAACACUGCCAGCCUGCUCAGCAACAUCCUCUCUCCCCUGACCACCGCGGUAAACGGCGAAGACAGCAACAAGUCGUCUCCCGUCACCAGUCCCUCCGCCCACAGCCUUCCUCCUCUACCGACCAUCUCAACAACGUCCCCCAUCACACCCACCUCCGGCACACAGCCCCAACCAUUCUCCUUCAACCAAUCCGCCGCCCCGCUCGUACCCUCACCUCGCCCACACGCCACACCCGCCGGAUUCUCCCGUCGAACCUCGUCCCUCGCCGCCCGCGAUCUCCUAGCUGUGACCACCGGUCCGCAAGGGACUCCGCUCACACCCCCGCCCGCCGAAGAAGACGCCUCCCUCCUCCUCGAACUAGUCAAUGCGAAAACCUCCGAGGCUCAAGCACGCCAGGAAGUCGACGAGCUGAAACGUGCCCUCGCCGUCGGAAGGCGUAAACAGGAACAGGAACUCCGUGCUUUACGCGCUGAGAUUGAAGUGCUGAAUCGCAGCGCUGCUACUGCCACAAAGGGUCGCUCUGGGGAAGAGCUCGUUGCGCGAACGGCCAGUCUCACGUCGAACUCCGCGGACGGUCUCGGCGAGGAUGGUACUGCGACGUCUUCGUCUUCUACCGCGGUUGGAGGAGAGGAUGGCGCGACCACGGGUACGCCCCCUGCCGCUGCACCGACUACUGGAGGGUGGUUUUGGAACCGGAGGACGCCGAGUACGACUACGGCUGCAGUUGCGAAAUGA